GACCAUCCACGUGCAUAUAUCUAUCGAGUGGGAGUAUGACGUAAAGCUUGCUCAAUGCAAGACUUUGCUACGUGCCCAUUGCCCAGGAGAUAUGGCUUUGAGCUUUCCGAUACCGCACGUUUCGGUGGCGGACCUGGUACUCUCUGUUGAAGCCGCAGAGUUGCAAGGCCCCCUAGUUUUCCUCCUGAGCCAACUGCAUCCGUCGGACGCAGUCGCUUGUGUGCAUGCCAUGUUCAUGUUUCACAAGUCUUGCGCAUCGCCACAUAACCCUGGCCGCUCAUCGACGCUGCAAGCCAUGAUAGACACGCUCGCCCUUUUCGUUGCAUCGUACGCUCCAUCGUCAAAGGGGUCUCUAAAGCGGCAACUCGAGAGUCUGGCGAGUUGGUCCAAGUGCCACGUGCUGCAGCGCGCAAUCACAGCUCUCGGCUCCAACGACAGGGAUCCGGUCUUUCUUGACGGAACCAAUCCUCAGGUGUCAACGUACCCGCAAGUCGUCCAGCAGCUUCUCCGGUCCAUGGAGAGCAAGGAUGUUGCGAUCGACACGACCUGGAUACACGACCUUGCCGUCGCAUGCAUAGACUGCUGCGACCAUUGCCACUGCCGUCCACUCGAGUACAGCUUGUAUCUCACCGAGGAAUCAUUGCUUCAAGCCGUCACAGGUGCGGCAUCGAUGGAGAACUCCCCGCACGGCACAGAAACUCCAACAAAUGUCACUGACUCGACACAUGACGAGAUCCCCAUGGGCGUGGAGGACGAAGACUGGCACGCAGAGCCGAUCCUGGCUCAAGAUCAAGCGCACCAAACGUUUUCGAGACUCCUCGCCAGUCCAUCUUGGACCAGCGCCAACAUCGAAUGGCUACAGGCGUACGUUGACCAUAUCGACGACCUCCACGUGCUGUGCAUUCAAGUCGGAUGGAUUAUUCAAAGUGCAUCACGCGACAAGACUGCCAGACCAGCCACCACAACCAACGCCUUACACGCACUGAUGAACUUCGUGACCCCAUCGACGCCACCCCACGCAUUCCUUCGUGUGGCAGCCUUUGACCCACAUGGCGUCAUACAAGCCUUGGUCACGCAUGGACUGCUCACGCGAGAGACCCGACCUCUGUGCAUUCAAGUGCUGUCGAUGCUCGCUCCAUUCGUGCAACCUGACGUUCUUGCGCAGCUCGUCUCGGAAGCGUUUUCCACUCAUAGUUUGGCGGCGCCGUGGCGACAUGCAGCUGAGUGGGGCCGCCUUCUCGUCCAGAGCGAUAUGAUCACUUCGAACGGCUUUUUCGUCGCGUGUGUGCUGCCCCGUCUUCGAAACGGCACUGACUCGGACGAGUGCAUAAAUGGAUGGCUCACAGCGCACGAGCUCUUGGUGCCAUCCACAAACGCGAAGGCGAUGGCACCGUUGGUGCUGACAAAUCCAGCCACAAGCUCCAGUCUUCUUGAGUUGAGUGUAUUGGAACUCCGACGGCUUUGGGCGAGUACAUCCAGUGAAGCGUUGUCGGCGUACUACAACCACACCCAAGUGGUAUUCUCAACCUUCGAAGCUCUUGUGGCACUUGCAUCUCCAGCAACAGUCAAAUGCGUCGCGUCGAAGUGCGAGCUAAGCAAGACCGACGACGUUCGCUUGCGUGUGCUGCUGACUGCUCCAUCCGAGACAGACCUGCCGUGGACUGCCGCCCUUGCUUCGAAGACGUUCGCAUGGAACACUCACAUGACCAACCUAAUUUGGGGAGCUGUUCUGGGCCAUCCAGCGAGUGUCGAGGCUUUGCCCCAUGUCCAGGACGCCGUCGCGUCCGAUGCACGAUGGCGUCACGAUAUUCCAUGGGCGAUGGCUGUCACGGUGCUUGCGGUCCACGCGAUAGCUCCAUGCGCGAACGCCGUUCAAUUCGAACGCUUGACGUUGGUGGUGUUGCCGCAACUGGCGCCGACGCUACCGACCGGCGACACACUUGUCGUGCCGGGGCACAAAGGCCGUCGCGAACUUGCAUUUGAAUGGACAUGGCCGCUGUGGACCGUGCGAUGCACCGCGUUGGGACUCCACGCAGUCCAACCUGUGCAUUCCGUUCGCGCUCUCACUUGGGCGGUGGAAGCUGUCUUGGCGAACGACCGACCGUCGCCGGGCAUCGCGGCCCUCCUCGUAUGCUUUGGAGGUGUCGUUGUCGUUCUCAACGGAACGUUUGCCCAUGCUUCGGUUCCCGAAAAGUUAAAAGUGUUGGGGCGAACCCUCCUGACGCGCUUGGCAAGAAUCAGCGCCGCCGAGGCGUGUGCGCCGUCCUUUGCAACGACUUACACGCGGUUUUGCAUCGACCAGCUCGAAGAUGCCGCUCUUCGCCAAGCGUUCCGCCGACUAGUUCCUAUCAAGUAG